AGGAAUGACGUCAAAUGCCAUUGGCUUCCAGCGGCCGGGAAUUGGAAAGCACACGUCAUCAAGCGAGGCUUGCCUUCAUUUAUCACAUCGCUGUACAGCCACAUACAACAUAGCCGUGCGACAUGACACGACACCUUUCUCUAUUCGAGUGCGGGCACUGAAACAUGCCAGGACUACAUUCUGCACAAAACUAACAAGAUAUUUACUGUCAGCACCUGAAAGGCUAAGAUCAUGAAGAAGUCAUCUAAAAACGGCUUGAAAAAAGCACGUGGCAACAAUACUAAGUCUGUUUUAAUAUGGGCUCCAUUGCUGGUCGUGAUUAGCAUCAGUCUAGCUGUACUAUGGGAAGACCUCAACACCACCAAGACAGAAAAGAAGUUGCCGAUACAGACUGACAAGCACCCAGAAUAUGUUUUAGACUUUCAGGCUGCUCUGAAAGAAAGGGAAGAGCAACUGAAGAAAUACAAGCAUGACCUACAGACAACAGGAGUAGAAAGACGAAGUAAUUUGUCAUUACAGGAGUUUUGGGACCUUUAUGAUGCUAAAUGGCCGGUGAUUAUUACUGAUGUUGUUAACACCUGGCCAGCUUCUAAGUGGACAACAGAAUUUUUCAACCUCACUUACGGAAACGAAAACGUUGCAACUAGUAUUGUCGAGGGGACAACGUCUGAAGGUUUUUCAGUUCCUCUUCAUGGUUUUAUCAAAUACAUCAACUACGCCACCCCAACCAGCUGGAUGUAUGUGAUGGAUGAAGUGUUUAUCGUCAGUAGGCCUGAGCUACACAAACAGAUUUUGCCAUCUAUAUACACUGAAGAAGACUUUUUCAAGUUGUUUCCUAAAGAAAUACGGCCUUGGGAUUGUAUGCUGUUGUGGGGCUCUGCUUACUCACAAUCACCUCUGCACAUUGACCCUUAUAACUGGACAGGCACUAACGCUGUUAUUAAAGGAACAAAAAAGUGGAAGCUUUUUCCACCAGGCCAAGACCAUCUUCUCUAUGUUAUUCCAGAAGCAAUGUGUGGGUUUCCCUUAGAAUGCUACAAGUAUAACAGUCCAAUUAACACCUUUGCACCAGACCAGACACAAUAUCCUCUCUACAAUUUAGCAACUUACAUAGAAGUCGAGCAGAAAGCAGGCGAGAUGCUUAUCAUUCCAACAGGAUGGUUUCAUCAGGUAUACAAUACAGAAGAGACACUAGCUAUCUCAAACCAGGUCAUGAAUCGCAACAAUUACAGAUAUGUAUUGAAAGAGAUUCUUAAAGCAGGCAACCUGCUACACAAACAUCUACCAGAUAACUUCCACAACCUGUCGCCCAAACAUCAGGUCAGAAUCCUUAUGUCCCUUCUUCCUAAAAGAGUGCUGCAAGAGGGAGAAAAAAGGAGUCAGGACUACAUCAACAGCAUUAAGGGCCAACAUAGUACUUAGUAGAAACCAUGUCACAGGUCAAUUAACCACUAUAGACGUUCCACCUUCAAUGGUGAUGCCAGGACCAAUCACACUGCAACUUUUGAGUACUAAGCAGGAGAAAUGUUUGAAGGAAGAGUUACUUCACCUGGCUUUGGACAAACAGAUCUACAAAGAUUGUACAUUAUAAAGACUACUUGGCCGAUUUCCUUCAUUAAACAUCCAGCCAGGCAAGCGGCUAUAUGUCCCUUAGCUAAAGCAUGGUCAAAGUCGCACAUUUACUACUAGUGGCCUUCAUAGCUCACAGUUCCAUGCAAGAGUAUAAUUAUGUUAUAAUGCCAAUUUUGUUGCUGUUUGGGUCUGUACGUUUGUUGUUUGAUGUACUUUGAUACUUUUCUGUCCAUGUAAUUAAUUUGUUCCCAGUUUACCUAAUGUUUCAGACAAAAAUUAUAGUUUUGUUCUGGUUACAUUUGUUGUUGUGGGUUAAGCUUUUUUGUAUUUAUUUACUGCAAUAUACCAGAAAAAAUGUU